UUCUUGGAGCGGCCGGGCAGGAAGCGGGCGCGGCCCCCGGGGGACACAGGGCCGGGGACUGCCGCGGCGGGAGAGCGCUCCCCGCACGGCCCCACGCGGGAAGGAGGGCCGCGAGGCCCCGCCCCGCCCGGCUCCGCCCCGCGCCCCCUUCCCUCGCCCCAUUGUCCGCAGACAAAGCGGCCGCCGCCCCCGCCUGGCCCCCCGGCCGCGCCGCGGCCCUCCUCCCGGCUCCCUCCUCCCGCCCUCCGGAUCUCCCUGCGCCUCUCUCCUCCUCUUCCUCUCUCCGGACGCCCGGCUCCGCCGCACCUCCGCCUCCCGGGGACCCCAAGGCGUUGCGCUCUCCCUCCGCUUCCAGUGACCAUGACCGCUAUCCCGGACUGGAAGCUACAGUUGCUCGCCCGGCGGCGGCAGGAGGAGGCAGUGGUUCGCGGCAGGGAGAAGGCAGAGCGCGACCGCCUGUCCCAGAUGCCGGCCUGGAAGCGGGGAAUCCUGGAGCGCCGCAGAGCCAAGCUGGGCCUUCCUCCUGGAGAGGCGAGCCCUGUGCCUGGGAAUGCAGAGGCCGGACCUCCCGACCCAGAUGAAUCUGCUGUCCUCCUUGAGGCCAUAGGACCCGUACAUCAGAACCGAUUCAUCCAACAGGAGCGGCAGCGGCAGCAACAGCAGCGAACUGAGGCGCUCGGUGACAGGAAGCCUGGGCCUCUGGAGGCUCUAGAACGGAGAUCCAGUCCCGGUAAUUUAAGAGAUCAGAGCCCCAAGGGGAGAGAGUCAAGAGAAGAGAGACUGAGCCCCAGGGAGCCCAGAGACAGGAGGCUGGUGAUAGGGGGAGCCCAAGAGUCAAGUUCUAGGACUUUGGAGACUCGAGACUGGAGGCUGAGCCCAGCAGAGGCCAGAGACCCGAGUUCAAGACCAGGAGAAGCUCAGAAAUGGAGGCUGAGCCCCGGAGAAUCUCCAGAGGAGAGCCUCAGAUCAGCGGGUCCUGGAGACCACAGUCCCAAGAGGACAGAGGUACUGGAAAGCAGGCUGAGCCCUGGGGAGGCUGGUGACCUGAAGGUCAGCCUGACAGAGGCCCACAGAUGGAGUCUUGACUCGAGAGACCCCCGGAAGCAGAGCGAGAUACAGCUGGAGGCCACAGCGUGGAGGCUGAACUCAGGAGAGGGGCGGAGCUGCGUCUCGGAGGAGUGCGGGAGGCGGGAAGAGAGCCCGACUUCGGGGAGUGUCUGGGACCAGUCUCCGGCGACAGAGGCGGUUCAGGACACCACCGCUGGAGACUUGGAGAGCGCCGAGCAGAGGCCCAGCCCUGAGGCGGGUGGAGACAGGAUCUCGAAGCCCGCUGAAGGCUGGAAAUGGACCCUGAACUCUGGGAAGGCUCGAGAACGGAUACCGUGGGACUUAGAGACGCAAACUCAGAAGCCAGGGCCUCCGGCGUCUUCAGGGACGCACCCGGGGCCUUCUGGUGCGGAGGCUGGAGGGGAGGCUGAGGAGGAGGAGGCGGGGGCUCAGAGCAGGCCUCUGAGAGCCCAGCACAACCUCGGCGCUGGGCCCUCCCUCCUCCCACCAGAGCACUCUGGGGCGGAAGGCUCCAGACAGCAGGAAGAGGAAGGCGCGGAACCCCGGCCCCCAACGCCAGCCCCUCUGUCUCCCCCACCCCCAGCCGCCCCCCAGCCCGCUGGGGAUCCCCUCAUGAGCCGACUGUUCUAUGGGGUGAAGGCAGGACCGGGGGUGGGGGCGCCCCGCCGCAGCGGACACACCUUCACUGUCACCCCGCGGAGGUGCGCGCCCCCGGCCAGCCCGGCCCCUCCGGUCACCCCUGCCCCGGCCGAUGCUGCGGGGCCUGGGGCCGGGAAGAAGCGGUACCCGACUGCUGAGGAGAUCCUGGUACUGGGAGGCUACCUCCGCCUCAGCCGCAGCUGCCUUGUCAAGGGGUCCCCCGAGAGACAUCACAAACAGCUGAAGAUCACCUUCAGUGAGACGGCCCUGGAAACCACCUACCAGUACCCUUCCGAGAGCUCGGUACUGGAGGAUCUGGGCCUGGAGCCUGAGGUCCCCAGCGCUGCCAACCCCUCUGCGACCCAGCCUGACGAUGACGAGGACGAGGAGGAGGAGGAGGAGCUGCUGCUGCCCCAGGGGCUCCGGAGCGGGCUGCGCACCAAGGCCCUGAUAGUGGAUGAGUCCUGCCGGCGGUGACCAUCUUCCAGUCUGGGCACAUACCUCCCUCUUCCCGUCCCUGCAGAUUCUGGAUGAUUCAGAGACGACAGACCCUGGCAGUGAGCCUGGUAGGGGAGGGCAAUGGGCAUAUCCUGUUUGUGGGCAGAGCCAGGAGCCUAAAUUUACCCCUAACCCGAGGUCCCCCUGGGGCAAGCAUCAAGCCCUGGGUGAAAUGCAGGCUUCGCCUGUACCUCCAGCGCCGGGGCAGGGCACACUGCCCCCACAGCCUUCCCUGGCUCCCCGCCACCCCUGGGGUCCCACCCCAUCCGCAAGCACCCUGGUUUCUAGGUCACUGCCCCUUGGUUUACAGCUUCCUUUGCCUCUCUCGCUCACGGCCUGGUUUACAUGCCCACCAGUUCCCAGUCCCACCUGCCAAAGUCCCAGGUUUACAAUGGCGUCUUCCCAGAGCCCCUGAGUCCUCCGCCUUCCAUGUGUUUCCUUGACAGUGACCUGGGGAGGUGUGUGGCUUUCUUCAACUUUGCUCAGUAUUACUGUGCCUCAGUUUCCCCCAGGAGGGAAGGCUGGGGGUCCUAACCUUGAACCCCAUGAAAGUUAUUUAAUUCUGUUGCUCCACCUUGGUUCGGGUGGAAUUGAGGAGGCGCUGGCCUUUCCCAUCGCUCCUGUGUCAACUGCCUGACUUGUUUCCUUUUGUAACUUUCCGUAAUAAAAUGGAGCUCUUUUCAACUCUG